AUGUCUGAGUCUCACACCUACGAGUUCAACGUGUCCAUGAGCUGUGGCGGCUGCUCUGGCGCCAUCGACCGCGUCCUCAAGAAGCUCGAGGGCGUCGAUAGCUACGAAGUCUCCCUCGAGAACCAGACUGCCAAGGUCGUCACCGGCCUGCCGUACGAGACGGUCCUCCAGAAGAUUGCCAAGACUGGCAAGAAGGUCAACUCUGGCAAGGCUGAUGGCAUCGAGAAGUCGGUCGAGGUUCCUGCCCUCGCUUAG